GAAAAAAGAAAAAACACUGAGUGUUGGAUAUUCUCAGCUGAUUUAUUUAAAUUCCGGUUUGCCACUGGGAAAGAAAUCGCUAUGAUGGUGGUUGGGAGUUUGUGUGCCUUUGUACACGGCAUAGCGCCACCUAUCAUGCUUCUAGUGUACGGAGAGAUGACGGACACGUUUGUGAAUUAUGAGCUUGAGGUCCAAGAACUCAAAGACCCAAACAAGGUGUGCACCAACAACACCAUUUAUUGGAAAAAUGGCACCAUUUAUGAAAUGGCCGAAAACAGCACUGUCUACUGUGGGUUGGAUAUUGAAGCACAGAUGACCAUUUUUUCAUAUUACUAUAUUGGAAUUGGAUUAGGAGUUCUGAUUGUUAGUUAUUUUCAAAUUAUGUUGUGGGUGUCAGCAGCUGCGGGACAGACUGACAGAAUACGAAAGACUUAUUUCCGAAAAGUCAUGCGAAUGGAGAUUGGAUGGUUCGACUGCAACUCUGUUGGCGAACUGAACACUCGGUUUUCCGAUGACAUCAACAAGAUCAACAAUUCCAUCGCUGACCAGGUGUCGAUCUUCAUUCAGAGGAUUUCCACAUUUGUUUUUGGCUUCAUGGUUGGAUUCAUUGGCGGAUGGAAGCUGACUUUGGUGGUCAUAGCUGUGAGCCCGUUGAUUGGUGUUGCUGCCGGAUUAAUGGCUACGGCUGUCACCCAGCUGACUGGACAAGAGCUGAAGGCCUACGCAAAGGCAGGGGCAGUGGCUGACGAGGUCCUGUCCUCCAUCAGAACAGUAGUAGCGUUUGGUGGGGAAGAAAAAGAAGCUGAAAGGUAUGACAGAAACCUUGUGGAAGCUCAGCGCUGGGGUGAGAGAAAGGGCACAGUCAUGGGAUUGUUUCAAGGAUACAUGUGGUGCAUCAUUUUCCUCUGUUACGCUCUGGCCUUUUGGUAUGGAUCCAAAUUGGUCAUCGACACAAGGGAGUUGUCCCCUGGCAGCCUUGUCCAGGUAUUUUUUGGAGUGCUCAUUGGAGCCAUGAACCUGGGUCAGGCCUCGAGUUGCCUGCAGGCUUUUGCUUCUGGUCGAGCAGCAGCAGAGACCAUUUUUGACACAAUUGAGCGGGAACCAAAAAUUGAUUGUUUCUCAGAAGAAGGUCACAAAUUAGACAGAGUGAAAGGUGACAUUGAGUUCCACAAUGUUACGUUCUUCUUCCCAACCCGGCCUGAAGUCAAGAUUUUAAAUAAUCUGAGCAUGCAGGUCAAAGCAGGAGAAACCACAGCUUUUGUUGGACCGAGUGGAUCUGGAAAGAGCACGGCAAUCCAGCUCAUCCAAAGGUUUUAUGAUCCAGAUGGAGGAAUGGUGACGUUGGAUGGCCACGACAUCCGCACUUUAAACAUCAAGUGGCUUCGCUCCCUCAUUGGUAUUGUAGAGCAGGAGCCGGUGCUGUUUGGUACGACCAUAGCAGAAAAUAUCCGCUAUGGUAAACCUGGAGUCACCAUGGAAGACAUUAUCCAGGCAACAAAAGAGGCCAAUGCCUAUAAUUUUAUAAUGGAGCUGCCACAGAGAUUUGAAACUUUGGUGGGUGAAGGUGGAGGCCAGAUGAGUGGAGGCCAGAAACAGAGGAUCGCUAUAGCUCGAGCUCUGAUCCGAAACCCGAAGAUCCUCCUGCUGGACAUGGCCACGUCCGCUUUAGACAAUGAGAGUGAAGCUGUUUUCCAGGAAGCAUUGGAUAAGGUGCGCAUUGGCAGAACAACAAUUUCUGUAGCCCACCGUCUUUCCACGAUUAAACAUGCAGACGUCAUCAUUGGCUUUGAGCAUGGGCGGGUGGUGGAGAAAGGAACGCACAGUGAGCUGCUGGAAAGGAAAGGGGUCUACUUCACCCUGGUCACCCUGCAGAACCAAGGCACAUCCACCCCAACUAAUGAUGAAGUCAGUCCUGCUCAGAGAGAGGAAGUUGAUGUGAAAACGUGGAGGGGGAGCUGCAGAGCCAAUAAAAGGAAUUCUGUUCGUCUGCGAUCUUCCAGUACACUGUCUAACCCUGAUGUCCCUGAUGCUUUAUCAGGCAGCCUCAAGAUUUUUCCCGACAUGGAGAUUGGAACAGAAUACAGAGAUAAGGAUGAGGAUGAUGAUGAUGAAGAUGAAGAUGAAAAAGUGGAGCCUGCACCAGUUGCACGUAUCCUUAAGUACAACCAACCAGAGUGGCCCUACCUGCUGCUGGGCUCGCUGGGAGCUGUAAUCAAUGGCUCCGUCAACCCCAUCUACUCCAUCUUGUUCAGCCAAAUUAUUGGUACUUUUGCCAUUCACGACCUGAACGAACAGAGGCGACAAAUCAAUGGGAUAUGUGCUCUGUUUUGCAUUGUGGCUAUGGCUAGUUUCUUUUCACAAUUUGUACAGGGAUAUGCUUUUGCCAAAUCUGGAGAGCUGUUGACACGUCGUCUGAGGAAAGUUAGCUUUCAGACCAUGUUGAGACAAGAGAUUGGGUGGUUUGAUGACCCUAGAAAUGGCCCAGGAACUCUGACAACCAGGCUAGCCACUGAUGCAUCUAUGGUCCAGGGGGCAACAGGUUCUCAGAUUGGCCUGAUCAUUAGCUCACUGACCAGCAUUGGAGCAUCUCUCAUCAUUGCUUUUUACUUCAGUUGGAAGUUAACUUUGGUAAUUGUAUGCUUCCUGCCACUUAUUGGGCUGUCUGGAGCAUUCCAAGCCAAACUUCUGACAGGUUUUGCAAAUCAAGAGAAAAAUGCCAUGGAAGCAGCAGGGCAGGUGUCUGGUGAAGCUCUUUACAACAUUAGGACCAUUGCAGGCUUGGCCAAAGAGAGCUUGUUUGUGGAAUCAUACGAGCAGGAAUUGAAGCCUCCGUUUGAAUCUGCCAAAAAGAGUGGCAACAUCUAUGGCCUCUGUUUUGGCUUUGCUGAGUGUGUCAUCUUCAUGGCAUAUGCUGCUUCAUAUAGAUAUGGAGGAUAUCUGGUUGCUGCUGAGGGUUUGUCCUACAUAAUGGUUUUCAGAGUGAUUUCAGCUGUAGUUAUCAGUGGGACGGCAUUGGGCAGAGCUUCCACCUUCACUCCAGAUUAUGCCAAAGCCAAAACUGCUGCAGUGAAGUUUUUUAAACUGUUGGACAGAGUUCCAAAAAUCAGCUUAAGUCCCAAGAAUGGAGAUAAAUGGGACAACUUCAGAGGUGACAUUGAGUUCCUCAAUUGCAAGUUCACGUAUCCAACACGACCAGAUAUCCAGGUGUUGAAAGGCCUGGUUGUGUCUGUGAAGCCUGGUCAGACUUUGGCGUUUGUCGGGUGCAGCGGCUGUGGAAAAAGCACUAGUAUUCAACUGUUGGAGAGGUUUUACGACCCAGAUGAGGGCCAAGUAAUGAUUGAUGGUCGCCUGUCUCAUAGAGUCAAUGUGCCAUUCCUAAGAGCUCAGAUUGGCAUAGUAUCCCAGGAGCCAGUGCUGUUUGACUGCAGUAUAGCAGAGAAUAUACAGUAUGGAGAUAACAAGCGCAUCGUCAGCAUGGAGGAGAUUGUAGAAGCUGCUAAGAAAGCCUUCCUUCAUGACUUUGUAAUGACAUUACCAAAUAAAUACGAUACUCAGGUUGGUGCUCAGGGCUCCCAACUGUCAAGAGGAGAAAAACAGCGCAUUGCCAUUGCUCGGGCCAUUGUGAGGAACCCCAAGAUCCUGCUCUUAGAUGAAGCGACCUCUGCCCUGGACACAGAGAGUGAGAAGACCGUCCAGUCUGCUCUGGAUGAGGCAAGAAAAGGACGAACCUGCAUUGUCAUCGCUCACCGGCUCUCUACCAUCGAGACUGCUGACACCAUCGCAGUGAUGUCACAAGGAGUCGUGAUAGAGCUCGGCACACAUGAUGAACUCAUGGCCAAGAGGGGCGCCUAUCAUAAACUAGUCACAACAGGCGCUCCUAUUAGCUAGGCACCUGAAGUCACGUAUGAUGAGCAUAUGAUUAAAAAAAAAAAGAUAUUUGUACGUAGUGUUUUAAUUAUAGUAUUUGUCAUGUUGUGGUAUUACAGUGAAAAAGUGUUAGGUUCCUGCAAUGGCUCAGACAUUAUACAUAGAGCACUAGGCUUUAUGUGGCACAAAGCACAAAGUGAGA